CUCCAAAAAUCAUUUGCAUUAUUUGAUUUUCUUGUCAUAUAUUCUUAAACCAUUUUUGUCAAAAACUUCAACUGCACCUUUCUCUUUUUCUUACUUUCUCUUUCUAACACACGCUUCUCAAUUUCUGGAGAAGGAGAGAGAGAGAGAGAGAGACACACACACAGAGGAGAGAGAGAGAGAAAGAAAUGUGUCCUCUGAGGAUAAUUCUGAUAUUCCUUUCGGCCACUCUCGCCGGCUUCUUUGUCCUCCGUAACCUCAAGUCACAAUCCGACUCAUUAUCGCCUGCCGACGAUGAAACCCACCACGAUCUUGACGAGUCGGACAAAACCCAUUUGUCAAAUUCGUCGACUUCUUCGGUUAACCGAUUCUCCAAGGUUCGCUCAGCUAUGGAGACUGGAUUUUGGACCUGUGUGGAUAUGGCUAGUGGUCGCUACCUGUGGAGGCAUUUGUCUAAGAGAUCUGAAUGAUCUCUUUUCGUUGACCGGGUUGUGUCUGAUUCUUGUGAAGAUUUUAUUGCUGUUCAGGUUUGGGUUUGACUAUGGUGUAUCAUUUAGUUGACAAGGAGUUUCAUUGGUAAAUUGCCCGUGUAAGAAAUGUAAUUGUUGACUCAAUUGAAAAUCCAUAUAUUGUUAGCUUAAUAUGCAUUAACAGAAUCUUGUACUUCUAUAUUGAAAUGUAGCAGUUGAAAGUUGGGGUUGUGGUAUAGUAAUGAAAUAAGGUGACAUUUUCGUGUCUGUUUAAACCCCCUUUUUCAAUGAAAGAAAAUCAGAAAUACAUCAACUCCUUGAAUUUA